AUGCCCCAAAGCUCGGAGACAGUGUUGGGCAAGCCCGAGGUGGUUCUUCCGGAGGUGUUGGUCGACAUCGAGGACCACAUUCCGUCUGAAAGUUUAGAAGUUUGCGAGGUGUCGCCCGGCAUCGAGGACCACAUUCCAACUGAAAGCCCACAAGUUUGCGAGAUGUCACCCAUCAUCGCGGACGACAGUCCGUCUGCGUGUUCUAUGGCUUCAAGACAAGAUGUAGAUCGCAACAAAGCUGGCCAGCUGGUGCAGCUGUACAUAGCAUUCGUGCAUCAGAUGAAGGCGACACGUCCAGAAAUACUACGUGGCGUGCGCGUUUGGCAACUCUUGCGUUACAUGCCGUGGGCUUGGCUACGAGGUCAGCUUGAAGAUCUGCAUUUAGUAAGCCAGGAAACAGCCAAGCUCGAUCAGUUCUGGUCCCACAGCUGGCAAGGAGCAGGCUGGGCCAAGUUCACGAACAUACUUUACCUCCAUAGCUGCAUGCCAGCAAGCAUUGCAGGAACAUUGGGCGCAGGCAUUGCCUUCGGCCUUGUCUCAGCAGGACUUCUGGGUGCACUACAGACAUAUUGCAUGCUUUUCGGGUUUGUAGCCUUUUGCAUAACCCUGCUGCUUUGGCGUCCGCAAAAGCUGGUUUUUCUAGACAUCGCUUGCAUCCACCAGACUGAUGAAGAACGAAAGGGAGAGGCCCUCAUGAGCAUGGGUGCAUUCCUGAAGCAGUCGAACUCCAUGCUGGUUUUGUGGGAUCCUACGUGGGUGACAAGACUGUGGUGCGUUUUCGAAAUAGCUGCCUUCCUACAUAGCCAUGAGCCCGACGGUGAGGCAAGUCUCCAGCUUGUCCCUCCCUUAUUGGGGCCAGCGUUUCUGGGCAGUGAGAUGUGGAUCUGGGUAGGGACCAUGAUAUACACCUACAUAGAGUCCUUCUUGGCCUCUUCGGAAGGUUCUUUAAUUGAGGGAGAACACCAUUUGAUGCUCGUUGGCAUCGUUGUCCUUGUUCUCCUCGGCUUCGUGACUCACGCUCUUCGAGGAUAUGCCCGCAGCGUUAAUACGCUGCAGGAGCAGCUCCGUGUGUUCAAGGCUGAGCAGACGCGCAGCGCUUGCUGCGAGAACGGCCACGAAGACGGGUCCCUAUGCGACCGUGCGAUCAUUCUGAAGAGCAUCAUUGCGUGGUACAGUUCACUGGACAGCUUUGAAUUGCAGGUGCAGACUGAAGUUCGCAUGGCCAUCAUCGAUCAACUUGCAAACAGAGCCAUCUCUUAUCAGCGCAUCUUGCUUCUUUCAACUCCGUAUCUCUGGCUCCGGCUUGAGCAAGCGACUGUCCAUGCAAGCGACCCCAUCCGACAAGUAGUCAAUCUGGCACAUACGCUCACUUAUUUCCUGGCAAUUUUUCCUUUGAUGGACAAACUGGGCUUUCGGUUGUGCUUCCGCUUGCAAGCACGAUGUUGCAAGCUGUACUUGGACUUCUUUGUGUCAAUUGCCAUCGUGGUCGCAGCCUUCUCGUUCUACGUUGCUUGCUACGCGAUCCAAAUCUAUGUCUUCCGCCAAAACGACCGGGAGCUUAUCUUGAGUUUGAUCUCAAUGCUUUCAUGGUGGACUGUCGCAGCGGUCCUGUGGCGCAUUACCUAG